GAUGCAUGAGUGACAGUUAAAAAAUUGCGGCGUGGAUUUAUGGAGCAGUAAUUUAUCAGCUAUUUUCCAAAUAUUCAUGUUGAAAAUUAGACAUGGUAUUAUGAAUGCACACAAUUGUAUCGUUUAAAUUGUGUGUAAUAUUAUAAUAUUAUAAUAAAGCAAGUGUUUAGCCGUUAUUUGGGUAGUCACAAAUGUUAAGAUAAUGAUUUUUAUUGUGAAAGUUUUUAUUAAAAGUUUGUGCAUAUCAUUGUGCUUAGUGUGUUCUUACGGAAAACUGUUUAAUGUGUUAUAGCAUAGGUUAGGGGAAAUGCCGCUGAUCCCACAGUUUGCACAGUGUGUUACGAGUUGAGACAUUAAAUUAUAUGUGUAUAUUAAUUGCGUGUUUUUGAUAAUAACAUGUAUCCUACACCUGCGCGGCAUCAGGCCGCUGCUGUUCGGGGCCCACAGCCAUCGGCUGGACAAUUAAAAUUUACUAUAGCAGAUACUUUAGAAAGAAUAAAAGAGGAAUUUAAUUUUUUACAAGCACAAUAUCACACGUUAAAAUUAGAAUGUGAAAAACUAGCUAGUGAAAAAACUGAGAUGCAAAGGCAUUACGUCAUGUAUUAUGAGAUGUCCUAUGGCCUUAAUGUUGAAAUGCACAAACAAACAGAGAUAGCGAAGAGGUUGAGCGCAAUAAUAGGACAGGUUCUGCCGUUUCUCGCACAAGAACACCAACAGCAAGUUGCCUCCGCCGUUGAGAGAGCUAAGCAGGUCACUAUGUCUGAACUUAAUGCUAUAAUAGGGCAACAACAACAGCAGGGAUUGCAGCAACUGCUUCAACAGAUCCACGCCUCAGCGUCACUUCCACAUGGUGUUGGAGGUGCCGGUGCGUUGUUAGGCGCUGGGGGUCUUCUAUUCCCCGGUGCUGGCCCACCAACAGCGCCACAUUUGCCGCCGCCCGCGCAUAAGGUGGAGCUACCACCGCCUUCGGACGUAAAGCCGCCGUUAUCAGGUCCAGCUCCUCCCCCUUUAUUACCGGGACAGCCUCCACCUAGGGAUGAUGACCGUCUUGCCUCAAGAGCUAUGGCUCAACAGCGUCAUUCCGUAUCGCCUCACGAACGCGAGCAUAAAUAUCGGCCGCGGUCACCAACUGAGCCGGAACCACUCGACGCCAAACGACGCAAAGAAGACAAGGUACCUGUCUCUGUGUCUAGUGAUAGUGAUGCCGAGAAAAGCGAUCAGGACUUAGUUGUAGAUGUAGCUAAUGAGGAGGAAAGGGGGUCUCCAAGUGUGAGACCUCAGGAUGGGGAGAGAACGGAAAAUGGUCCUCGACCACCUUCGAGAUCGGGGUCUUCUUCUAGCAGGUCUACACCUAAGAGUUCUAAAGAUGAGAAACCAGGAACGCCCGGUGCUAAAGGACGCGCUCCAACCCCAACGGGACGGUACGCGUUUCCACCAUAUGCCGCAUACAGAACGCCCUUACCCUACGAUGGCCACAGGACCAAUGGCAUGCCACCUGCCAAACCUGCAUACUCUUACCACACAUGCGGUGGGCCACUCCAACCAGUGCCUUUUCCCGCGGACGCCCUCGUAGGUCCGGGGAUUCCUCGUGGUGCUAGACAGGUGGCAGCGUUACCCCACGGCGAAGUCGUGUGUGCGGUGGCCCUAUCCCUAAGCAGUGGCGCAAGGCAUGCGUACACUGGCGGUAAAGGUUGUGUCAAACUAUGGGAUAUCACCAGCCCCGGUUCGCCUAACACCUUGGAACCCUUAUCGCAGUUAGACUGUUUGCAAAGAGAUAAUUAUAUCAGAUCAGUAAAACUCCUACCAGACGGGAGGACAUUGUUGGUUGGAGGGGAGGCCUCCAAUCUCUCCAUAUGGGAUUUGUCUUCUCCAACACCUCGAAUGAGAGCAGAACUCACUUCUUCAGCCCCGGCCUGCUAUGCCUUGGCAAUAAGUCCUGAUUCUAAGGUGUGCUUCAGCUGUUGCUCCGAUGGCAAUAUCGCAGUCUGGGAUCUUCAUAAUCAAACUUUAGUUAGGCAAUUCCAAGGUCACACGGAUGGUGCAUCUUGUAUAGACAUAAGUCCGGACGGAACCCGACUAUGGACGGGUGGGUUAGAUAAUACUGUGCGUUCCUGGGACUUGAGAGAGGGAAGGCAACUGCACCAGCACGACUUCUCAAGUCAAAUCUUCUCGUUGGGAUACUGUCCUACAGGUUCCUGGUUGGCCGUGGGCAUGGAGAACUCCCACGUGGAAGUGUUACACGCGGGCAAACCCGAUAGAUAUCAACUAGUGUUACACGAGUCUUGUGUCCUCUCACUAAGGUUCGCGGCGAGUGGCAAGUGGUUCGUGUCCACGGGAAAAGAUAAUCUACUCAACGCCUGGAGAACGCCGUAUGGCGCUAGUAUAUUCCAGUCAAAGGAAUCCUCUUCGGUGCUCAGUUGUGACGUGUCAUCAGACGAUAAGUUCAUUGUGACGGGCUCUGGAGAUAAAAAAGCGACAGUUUACGAAGUUAUGUACUGAUGUACAGUUUAGUUAAAAAAAGCAAGUUUUUCACGAAAUUAUAUAUUAUAUGACUAUGGUUACCUGUGUGAAUUGAUAGGGUUCGUUCUCGGCUGUUUCCGGCUGAUAGCCUAUCAAGCUUACCCUACACAAAAAAGGAGAAGGAUAUUUUAGUUUACUGCCAAAUGACAAGAAAAUGUUUUAAUGACCAAUGAAAAACCUUAGUAUAGCAGGGUUUUAGCAUUUAGUUUUCGGUUUUAGUAGAAAUGUCUAGAUUUCUUUAAAGCGUCCAUUAGUUUUUAGUAAAUGGUACAAUAUCAGUCAAUGUUUUUAAAUAUAUUAUUUAGAAAACUGCCUCUCUGUAAAUUAAAAAAGGGAUUGUACGUUAUUGUAUGCAAUCCGUACACAUGGGAUCGCGUUAAAACGGUAGUGGCGAUCACAAUCAUUAUUGUGUUUUCAUAUAAAUAAAUGAUUUCAAUAUUUUGACAUGAUUUUUGUGCGUCAAUAUGAUUGUAGUGUAAGUUUAUUUUGUACCAAGCUAUUUUAAAUAGCUUUAAUUUUGACAAGGGAUAAUCCUAACCAUAAAUUAGCAGAAUGCACUUUUAUUUUUCAAACAAUUCCUUAAAUUGAAUCAUAGAUGAUCAAUGUACAAUGAUCUAGCGUCUAUUAAAACCUGUGACCAUAAACCAUGUAACAUUGAGAUAUUUGUACAAAGUAGAUUCAUUUUAAUCCAAAGUGUAUCAUUUAAAAGAAUGACAUAUUUUUGGCAUUUUUGCCCUUAAAUAAAUGUAUCAUGUUAAAUGGGUUGAUAUGUAUUAACAAUUUACAUUGACAGUUUGUCAACGCAUUUUGACAUGAUGUCAACGCGUAUUGACAUGAUGUCAACGGGUAUUGACACCGUAUCAAUGUAGAAUGAUUAAUAAAUGUCUGUUAUCUGUGUAUAUUUUUAUAAAUUUAUUUUUAAGUUAAGUUGCACCUUUAAUGUACGAGAUUGCAUAUAUUUUGUGUAAUCAAAAUUCUUGAACUUAUUUUUAUGUAUUUUUACAGACUGAAUUUGUAAAUAAAAAUAUUUUCGACAUUCGGUGCAUUUUUCAAUUAAUUGUAGUUAGAUUGGAUUUAUUUGAUUUGUUACUUUAUAAAUAAUUUAAGUAUGGUGUUGCCAGUGAUUAAAAUCAAGUACUACUUUAGGAUCGUGUAAUUACAGAGACUGAAUUAUGUUUAUGUCUAAUUUGACUUACAUGCUCGAAAGAUCUAAAAUGUUUUCAUAAAAUUAUGAAUGUAAUUUUUCAUUAAAAUGUUAUUUUACAUAAA